AUGACGGAAAAACCGUCCUAUAAAAUACCACUUGAUGAUUUGGAAUUAGAAAAACAAAGAUUUAUAGCAAAAGAUGAUAUAAAACCUUGGUUACAAGAUAAAUUAUUACACAAUAAAGGUAUACAUGUAGUUAUUGAAAGAUCAGAUACUUCAAAAAUCAUUUUUAAAUGUAAAAAUAAAGAAAAAAAAACCAAGAUUAUAGAAUCAAAAAAUAAAAAAUCAAAAAUACCAAUACGACGUCAUACAAGUUGUCCAUUUAAAAUAAGAGCAAAUUUUAGUGUAAGAAAUAAAAUAUGGUCAUUACUGGUUAUAAGUGAUUUUCAUGAUCAUAUUGUUGAUCCACCUCCAGGUCAAACUGAAUCAUUAUCUCAACCAACAGAACAACCACUACAAGAACAAGAACAACCACCACCACAGCAGCAACAACAACAACAACAACAACAACAAUCAUUAAGUUAUCCUCAACAAUCACAACCAAUACCAGCUGGACCUGGAAUGAACCUUAGUAUAAGUAACAUGAAUAAAAAAUCUAAAAUGGAUGCAAAUACUUCAAAACAUCAAAAUCAUAGAAAUAACAAUAAUGAUAAUAAUAGUAAUACAAAUAGUAGUAAUGGUACAACUGAUCAUAGUUCUGCAACUUCAACUUAUUCUGAUAAAAAUUCAGAUGAAUAUAAAGAUAGUCCUCCAACUUCGUUAAAUUCAAUUAGUGAAGAUACUUCAAAUGAUGAUAGUAGUGCUACACCAACUAAUAAUACAUUCAAACAAUCAACGAAAAGAAAAAAUAAUCAAUUGGAAUCAAUGAAGAAGAAUAAAAAAACAAAGAAGGAUUUAACGAAAGCAAAUAAUUUAAUAAAUAAUUAUGAAACCCAAGAUGGAAAUCUUGAAGUUCAAAAUCAGCAAUACCCUCAAUUACAAGAUUAUAAUCAACCACAACCUCAACAGCAUCAACAACAACCACAUCAUCAACAACAACAAGCAUAUGUAUUAACUCCACAACAACAACAAGCAUUACAAUUUUAUCCUCAACAACAAAGACAAAACUUUCAACUACAGCAUCCUCAACCACAACCAAGAUCCCUUACCCAAGCUCAAUCUACAUUUGCAUUACAAACAUUACAAAGUGAAGUAAGAGAUAAAGUUCGAUUAUUAAUUCUAGAUAAUAAAAAUAUAGCAGAUGAUCAAAAAACUUCAAUGAUUGAUUCAUUUGUUUCUCAAUUAUUAUUAGAUUAUAGAAGUUUAUUUAGUAAUCAAUUUAUGCAUUCAUUGAAACAAAACUUAUUUGAUCAACAACAGCAGCAACAGCAACAACAACAGCAGCAACAGCAACAACAACAGCAACAGCAGCAAAUGCAACAACGUCAAGGCAAUAAAUUGGAGAAUGGAUUCGUUGAUUCAAAUCAUCAACAACCACAACCACAAUCACAACCUCAACCACAACAGCAGCAAGCACCAUUAUAUCCACAAUAUAAAAAGAAUUCACUCAAUAAUUGGUUUAUGACAUCAUCAACUACACCAGUAAACAAUAAUUCAGCAUCAAUACCAUUAUCACCAUUAUUAAAUGACACAACUGCUGGAAAUGAUGAUUACAACUCAACACAAGCUGCAGUUGCUGCUGCAACUUCAAAUAAUCUUAAUGCUAAUCCAUUAGACAAUUUACAAAAUUCUUCACAAUUAAAUGGUCAAGUUAAUGGAAAUGUAUCUUUAGGUCCAAUAAAUUAUAAUCAACAACCUCAACAACUUCAACAACAUCAUCAACAUCAGCAUCAACAACAACAACCUCAAAAUUCUAAUCAAUUACCACCAUUCAAUUCAAUACAUAAUAGUUUACCACAAACUGAUGAUUCAAGAAACAAUAAUUAUUAUAACAAUAAUUCCAAUAAUAAUUUUCCAACAAAUUCAAUCUCAUCAUCCAUUUUCUCAACAGGUUCAAAUGGUUCACAAACAAACACAACAACAACAAAUAAUAUAAGUAAUAUUAAUAGUAAUUCAAAUGGUGGUAAUACAACUACAUCAAAUAGUUCAAUUAUGCCACCAUUAAGUUCAACUGCAUCAACAUUAAAUCCUUCACAUAUAUUAAAAAAUGGUAAUCAAUAUUUUAAUACCAACAACAACACAAAUUCAAAAUCAAAUUCAAUUAAUAACAAUAAUAUUAAUAAUAAUCCAUAUAUUUUUAAUAAUUUAAACAGUUUAAAUAAUUUAAGUAAUUCAUUCUUAUUUAAUACUAAUACAGGCAAUAAUGGUGGAUCAAAUAAUUUGAACAAUAAUAAUACUACUACAGCAAACAAUCUCACAAACAAUGGAAAUGGAAAUAAUUCAAUAACUCCUCCAGUUGGUGGAUUAAUUUCAAAUCAAUCAAAUCCAUUAACAAAUCAAAAUAAUUAUAAUACAUCAGAUUUUAAAUAUUUUGAAUAA